GGUGCGGCUGCCUCGGGUUACAGAGCCCCGGGAAGAGGGGAAGGAAGGGAAGGAGCGGAUGCCUUUGGUUUGUUGUCAUCAGCUCGGAGCCAUCCCGGGAAGGGGCUGCUGCUCCCGCAGGAAUUCUCCGCCGCUGGAGCUGCGCGGGCAGGCCCGGGCUCGGCGCCCCCGGCCGCCCCGAGGGCUCUGCUAUGAUCCGGGAGCAGCAUGGGCAGCGUCAGCAGCCUCAUCUCGGGCCACAGCUUCCACAGCAAGCACUGCCGCGCCUCGCAGUACCGGCUCCGCAAAUCCUCGCACCUCAAGAAGCUCAACCGCUACUCGGACGGGCUGCUGCGCUUCGGCUUCUCGCAGGACCCGGGCCACAAGGCCGGCUCCAAGAGCAGCAAAAAUGAAGAUUUCUUUUACAUCAAGGUCAGCCAGAAGGCGCACGGCUCGCAGCAGCGGCCGGACUACACCGCCCUGGGGGGCGGCGAGCUGGGCGCGCCCGCCGGGACCAGCGGGCUGGACUUCGGCACGCCCACGCCGCAGAAGCUGAUGCCCUUCCCCGGCCAGCUGGAAGUGGCCGGGGAGAAGCCGCUGCCUCGCCCCACGGCCUUCAAGCCGGUGCUGCCGCGCUCCGGGGCCAUCCUGCACCCGUCCCCCGAGGCCGGGGGGCCCCUGGGCCCGCAGCUGCACCCCCCGGAGAAGGGCAAGGAGCAGGAGCUGCGGCCGCUGCCGUGCUCGGGGGGCCUCUCCGACUCCGGCCGCAACUCCAUGUCCAGCCUGCCCACGCACAGCACCAGCAGCAGCUACCAGCUGGAGCCCCUGGUCACCCCCAUGGGCCCCCUGAGCCGCUUCGGGGGCUCUGCCCACAACAUCCUGCAGUGCGCCGUCAUCCAGGACAGCAACAUGAUGAGCCUCAAGGCCAUGUCCUUCUCCGACGGCGGCAACAAGAUCCUGAACCCCGGCAAGGCCCCCCAGCACCACCACCCCGGCGAGAAGAGCGCCUGUGUGCGCUCGCCCCUCGCCACCGACGACUGCACCGUGCAGGAGCUGGAGCAGAAGCUGCUGGAGAGGGAGGGGGAGCUGCAGGAGCUGCAGUCAAGCUUCGAGGAGAAGGAGAUCAGCUCCUGCCAGGCCUACGAGGAGAAGCAGCGGCGCUGCAAGGAGGAGCUGGAGGGGCUGAAGCAGAAGUGCAACAGCAAGCUGAAGCAGACCUCGCAGAAAACGCAGCGGACGCAGCAGGUGCUGCACCUGCAGGUGUUCCAGCUGCAGCAGGAGAAGCAGCAGCUGCGGGAGGAGCUGGAGAAGCUCAUGAAGGAGCAGAACCUGCUGGAGACCAAGCUGAGGUCCUACGAGAAGGAGAAGACCAGCUUCGCCCCGGCGCUGGAGGAGACGCAGUGGGAGGUGUGCCAGAAAUCCGGGGAGAUCUCCCUGCUGAAGCAGCAGCUGAAGGAGUCGCAGACCGAGCUCACCACCAAGACCACGGAGAUCCUGAGCCUGAAGGCGCAGCUGAAGGAGCUGAGGCUGAAGAUGGAGGGGCUGGAGGUGAAGGCGCAGGAGCUGGAGGUGUCGCUGCGCACCAAGGCCAUGGAGCUGGAGGUGUGCGAGAACGAGCUGCAGCGCAAGAAGAAUGAGUCGGAGCUGCUGCGGGAGAAGGUGAACCUGCUGGAGCAGGAGAUCCUGGAGCUGCGCUCCGAGCUGGCCGCGCUGCGGGAGCAGCUCAGCGAGGCCCGCCAGGGGCCCCGGCCGGGCGGGGACGAUGCCCAGGCCCUGCAGGGGCAGCUGGAGCGGCUGCGGGCAGAGCUGAAGGCCGAGCGUGACAACAACGAGCAGAUGAGCUGCAGCUUCCAGCACGAGCGGCAGACGUGGAAGGAGGAGAAGGAGAAGGUGAUCCACUACCAGAAGCAGCUGCAGCAGAGCUACCUGCACAUGUACAAGAGGAACCAGAGCCUGGAGAAGAUGCUGCAGCAGCUGGCGGCGGGCGAGGAUGGCAAGGAGCCCAUCGAGCUGGAGAUCCCCGGCGCCGACGUCCCCUACGAGGACAUCAUCGCCACCGAGAUCUGAGCCAGAUCUGAGCUGAGAUCUGACCCAGGAUCUGAGCCAGAUCUGAGCCGGGAUCUGAGCCAGGAUCUGAGCCAGGAUCUGAGCCAGAUCUGCACUGAAAUCUGAGCUGAGAUCUGAGCCGAGAUUUGCACCCAGAUCUGUGCUGAGAUCUGAGCCAGAUCUGAGCCGAGAUCUGAGCCGAGAUCUGAGCCGGGAUCUGCACUGAGAUCUGAGCCAGGAUCUAAGCUGAGAUCUGAGCCCAGAUCUGCUCGACAUCUCCACCGCCGGCCCCUCCUCGCAGCCCGGGAGAGCCCCGGGCCCCCUGUACAGCCGAGCUGAGCCGUGUCCCCCCGUCCCUGCGCCGCCCGUCGUGUUCCAGAGGUGACCAAGCCACUCGUGCCAAUGGUGACGUGCCCGCAGCUCCCCUGCCCCGACACCGCCCCCUCUGCCCCGGGGACCAGGGCUCCAGGGAAUUCCCUGCCAUCCGUGCCCAGGGGAUGCUCCGUGCCAGGCUCGGGGGAGCCCGGCCUGGCACAGCCCCAGAGAUGGCACAGCACAGUCCUGCCACUGAUGGUGACAGGAAUCUGUCCCAGUGUGUGCCCAGCCCCGGGGGUGGCACAGCCCCGGGGAUGGCACAGCCCCAGGGGUGGCACAGCACAGUCCUGCCGACUGCCUGUGACAGGAAUCUGCCCCAGCGCCCUGGAGGAAGCUCCCACUCCUCCUCCUCACCCUCCGUCGGCGCCACUCCCAGCGCCGUGGGAGCACAGAGCCACCUCCUGCCACUGCCACAUGCCCCCUGCCAGCCCCUGCGGGCCUCAGGAAGGUCCCACCCGCACACAGCCCCAGCCCCAACCCCGGAAUCCCCGCUCAGUCCGAGCACAGCCCACCCUGCACUGCACCCACAGCACUCCCAGCCCUCCCUGCCCGCCAUUCCCAGCUCUCACGGACAAGGACUCCGUCCCUUUUCCCGGAUCCGAGGAUUCACAGGAACGUCCCCGCCACGGCCUGACCAAGGGCGGGGUUUGUGUUCACCCCACGGCCUCGCACUCGCUGGGGCUGUCCCCCCCGGGACCCCCGGCUGCCUUAUCUCCUCCCGGGCCCGGAUCCCGCGGGAUCCGCCAAGGGAAGCUGGAGAGGACACCCAAAACAGCCACUUCCACCUUAAUCUCUACCCCAGCUCUUAAAACAUCCUCCUGCCACCGGCGAGUGGCUCCACGGAUGAUGAGGUGGCGCUGCUGGUGACCCUCGUGUCCCCCUGGCUGGGGAGGGAACCAGCAGGGCCCGGUUUGUGGGGUGGGGGCUCCAGCCCGCGCCCCCCGUGCCAGUGCAAUGAGAAUUUUGCUGCAAUUCUUGACCCACUGCCCCAUUCCAGGGCUCACAGAGGGGGUUCUUGCACAAUCCCAACGCCGCCAAUUCGGCCAAGGGCUCCAAGCUGUGCAAAAUUCCGCGUCCCUCGCGCCAUUCCAGCCCGGAAAGGGGCACACAGGAACCAGUCUGUGCCUUCUGUGCCCGGCCCUGAGCACCCCAAACCACUGCCCCAGGGCUCCUGGCUGGGCCUGGCACUGCCCAGCUGGGCCUGGCACUGCCCAGGCACUCCUGGAAUUGCCUAAUCUGUCCUGGCGCUGCCGAGCCUGUCCUGGUACUGCCCAACCACUCCUGGUACUGCCCAACCACUCCUGGCACUGCCCAGCUGAACCUGGCACUGCCCAGCUCCUGGCAUUGCCCAGCUGAACCUGGCACUGCCCAGCCUGUCCUGGCACUGC